ACAGAUGUAGAGGUUUCUGCAAAGAAAAAGAAUAUUCGUGAACAUUCACGAGAUAUCAGUAAGUUGACCUCGAAAAAUAUAAAGAGCAACUGAAAUCAUUUCAUCAUAUUUGGCAAACAGACGUGUGAUUUUGUACUUAGUGUUUGACGUGUUUAAAAACUUAGCGAUUUCUCCGGAUUGUUUUGCUUGACCCUCUACAAAAAAAAGUAAGAUGGGUAAAGACUACUAUAAAAUUCUUGGUAUAAGCAAAGGAGCAUCUGAAGAUGAAAUUAAGAAAUCUUACAGAAAGUUAGCUUUGAAAUACCAUCCAGACAAAAACAAAACUCCAGAUGCUGAAAGUAAAUUUAAAGAAAUAGCCGAAGCCUAUGAAGUUCUCAGUGAUAAAAAGAAAAGAGACGUUUAUGACCAAUUUGGUGAAGAGGGACUCAAAAGUGGUGCUGGAGGAGGUGGUGGCGGUGGAAACCAAGGCUUUACUUAUACAUUCCAUGGUGAUCCAAGAGCAACGUUUGCUCAAUUCUUCGGCACAGACAACCCAUUUGAAUCAUUUUUCAUGGGACUCGGUGGUGGACACCCUUCAUCUAAUAUGUUUUAUGACAACGACGAUAUGGAAAUUGAUGGAGAUCCAUUUGGUCACUUUGUUAGAGGGGGAGUUGGCGGUGGUGGUAACCCCUUUCGAUCCCAAAGCUUCACGGCUGGUUCUCCGAACAUAAACCGAGCUAGCAAACCAAAGACUCAGGAUCCACCUUUAGAACAUGAUUUGUAUGUGACUUUAGAAGAUAUUUCUAAAGGCUGUGUAAAGAAAAUGAAAAUCAGUCGCAAGGUCCUUAAUCCGGAUGGUCGAACGACUAAGAGGGAAGAAAAAGUCUUAUCUAUUAAUGUGAAGCCUGGUUGGAAAGCGGGAACCAAAAUAACUUUCCAGAAAGAAGGUGACCAAACUCCUAACAGUAUACCUGCAGAUAUAUCUUUUAUUAUUAGAGAUAAGCCUCAUCCUACAUUUAAAAGAGAAGGAAGUGAUAUCAGAUAUACAGCUAAAGUAUCCCUUAAAGAGGCUCUUUGUGGUACCAAAGUUGAAAUACCCACACUUACUGGAGAGAAGAAAUCCUUAAAGAUAACUGAUGUUAUUAAGCCAAAUUUUGUUCAUAGGGUCAAAGGGCAUGGAUUACCUUUGCCCAAAGACCCAACCAAAAAAGGAGACUUAGUUGUAGGUUUUGAAAUCAAAUUCCCAGACUAUUUAUCAAGCACUGCAAAAGCUACAUUACAAGAAGUUCUUCCAAACUAAUACUUAACUGUGUUUAUGUGACCAUUAUUAUAAACAAUUAAAAGUUAUGUAUGUCUGCAGGUUUGUAAGAGUUAAUGAACUGCUGCUCUAUUGAAAAGGUUGCUAGAAGGGACUUCUUUAAUUUUGUACAUAAUUUAACUGUACAUAUUUGUGUAUUAUUUAUUUUUUAAAAGUCAAUUAUAAUGAUUGUUUGAUAUUUUUUUUCUGUAAUUUAUAUUUGUAUAUAUUUUGUACAUAGCUGGGAACAAUUUAUCAGAAUAGAUAACUUUCUGUUCCUAUUUUUUGUUGGUUAUGUUACUGUCAUACAAAUCAAGAUAUCAGUGUUUGUAAGUUUACUGUGUAUGAAGAAUAUUCUGUAUAUUGCUAGUUCUUGCUCCCAGCAGAUUGUUUUAGUAAAUAAAUUUGUUAACUGAUA